AUGGCCAGCGGCGAAAAUCUUCAGGGCGUCACCGCCAUGGUGCGAGCUGAAAUGGGCAAUACCGGAGUGAAGGGACUGAUGAAGAACAAGAAAGUAUUCUUCAUCGCCAUGUUUGCCUCAUUUGGUGGUCUACUUUAUGGUUACCAGCAAGGUGUUCUUGGCCAAGCAGUCGUGAUGAAUUCUUUCAUCAGAGACUUCCCUGAAAUCCAUAACAGCUCUUCCAAGCUUGGAUGGCUCACGUCUGUUCUUCAACUUGGCGGUUGGGUCGGAUCUCUCUCAGCUGGUAUUUUCGGUGAAGUGUUCUCGAGAAAGCAUACCAUGUUCGCUGGAGCACUCUGGGUCGUUCUCGGUUCUUUCCUUGCAGCUGGUGCUCACUCAACUACGUAUCUGUACGCUGGAAGACUAUUCACUGGUCUUGGUGUUGGAACUUUGUCUGCCACCGGUCCUUUGUACAACGCAGAAUUAUCUCCACCAGAAAUGCGUAGUUUCUUGAUCGCACUACAACAACUCACGACUACAAUCGGUAUCAUGCUCGCAUAUUGGUGUGCAUUUGGAAGCAAUUACAUUGGUGGUACAGGCGAUGGGCAAUCCGCCCUGGCUUGGCGUCUACCCAUGAUCAUUCAAGGCAUUCCAGCAGUCGUCCUCUGCAUCGGUCUCUUCUUCAUGCCAUACUCACUCCGCCUCCUCGUCAACAAAGGCAAAGACGAAGAAGCCCUCAAGACGCUAUCAUAUCUUCGGAAUCUUCCCGAAGAUCACUAUCUAGUCCAAGUCGAGUUCUUGGAGAUCAAAUCAGAUGCUGAAUUCGAGCGAGAAAUUUUCGACAAGCGAUUUCCCUCAUUGGCGAAAUCUACUGGAAACAGCGUCUGGAGACGAGAGUUCGCGCAGUAUAGCAAUAUUUUCCGCUCCAAGGAUAACUUCAAGCGUGUUGCUCUUGCAAGUUUGGUUAUGUUCUUCCAACAAUGGACUGGUAUUGACUCGAUCAUCUACUACGCUUCUGUGAUCUUCCAAUCUCUCGGCUUGACCAGCAGUACCAUAUCCCUCCUUGCAUCAGGAGUCAUUGGUAUCAUCAACGUUAUGACUACCAUUCCAGCAAUCUAUGUCAUUGACCGAGUUGGACGCAAGCCCUUGAUGAUGACCGGUUCAGCUGGUAUGGCUAUUUGCGAACUCAUCAUUGGUGUUAUCGUUGCUACAUGCGGCCACGAUUGGGCUGCUCAUUCAGCUGCUGGCUGGGCUGCCGUUGUCUUCGUCUGGCUCUACAUCGUCAAUUUCGCAUAUUCUUGGGGACCAGGAUCCUGGAUUCUCAUCGCAGAGAUCUUCCCCAUUUCCAUCCGUGCGAAGGGUACCUCGAUCGGCGCCUCAGCAAACUGGAUGAACAACUUCGUCAUCGUGUUUGUCGUUCCCCCAAUGCUGACUGGCAUCGGUUGGGGAACUUAUGUAUUCUUCGCUGUGUGGUCUGCCGCGGGAGGAAAUUUCAUCUGGUUGUGUAUGCCUGAGACUAAGGGAAAGACGUUGGAAGAAAUGGAUCAAGUGUUUGGAAGUCACACUGCCACUGAAGAUUUGGCGGCUUUUGCAUUAGUACAGGAGAGGGUUGGUUUGACAGCUUUGAUCCGGAGACGCGCUGGUGAAAUGAGUGGUGAGGAAAUUGAUAGCUCGAUGGAGAAGGAUGGGGAGGUUGGAGUCCAGCAUAUCAGUAAGGUCUAG